CCAAAUCCCAAUCCCAUUCCCAAGUCCUCAACCUAAACCGCACCGCCGCCGCCGCCGUAUGGCAUUUCGCCCUCCCAUGGACCGACCAAUCGGCAUCUGCUUCGGGAGGGGGAGGAUCGCACGCUGCGGCGGCGCCCCCGUGACGCCGCAGCCGUCUCCAUCCGCACUUCCCCCGCCGAUGCCAAAGACGGCUUCGAGGUGCGUCGUGGAGGCGUCCCGGGGCGCGCACGUGUUCGAGGUCGCCGACUACAGCCUACACAAAGGCAUCGGCGUCGGCCGCUCCAUCCGCUCAGCCACCUUCGACGUCGGCGGCUACGAGUGGUCCGUCCUCUUCUACCCAGACGGGAAAGCUGAGAAUGCCGAGGACUGCGUCGCCGUGGGGCUCGAGCUCAUGACGGCCGACGCCGGCGUGGUCAGGGCGUCCUACCAGUUCGGCCUCAUCAGCCAGACCACCGGGGAGCCCUGGUUCGUCGCGGAAUCCCGCACGGUGGAGUUCCACACCCACACGAUAUGGUCCAGGCGCGAUCUCAUGAAGAGGAACCAGCUGGAGGCGUCCCAGUACCUCCGCGACGACCGCCUCGCCAUCCAGUGCGCGGUCACCGUGGUCAAGGAGACGCGAGUGUUGGAGGCCCGGGCGGUGCCAGAGAUCGACGUGCCUCCGUCGGACUUGGUCGCGGACAUGGGCAGGUUGCUGGACCAAGGAGACGGGGCGGACAUCACCUUCGAGGUCCAGGGGGAGAGCUUCCCGGCGCACAGGACGGUGCUCGCGUCAAGGUCGCAGGUUUUCAGGGCUGAGCUCCAUGGGCAGAUGAAGGAGAGGAGCGUGGACCGCAUCGUCAUCAGCGAUAUGCAACCAGCGGUGUUCAGGGCCCUGCUUCGUUUCAUCUACACCGAUGCCUUGCCGCCGAUGGAUGAUCUCAGUAAAGACGACAGCUUGGAGAUCACCCGUCAUCUGCUCGUCGCUGCCGAUCGGUACGCCAUGGAAAGGCUCAAGCUCAUUUGUGCUCAGAUCCUUUCCAAGAGCCUUGACGUGGAGAGUGUGACUACCACAUUGGCUCUAGCUGACAGGCAUAACUGCAGUGGGCUCAAAGAUGCCUGCAUUGAGUUUAUCAUCUCGUCCAACAAGAUGGAUGAUGUGACCAAAACCCAAGGGUUCGCAAACCUCAAAAGAUCUUGCCCUUGUGUUUUGGUAGAGGUACUGGAGAAGGCAGGUAAGUUGCGUAAAAUAUAGUUUAAGAGUCCUGGUAAAGGGAUUUGGGAAUGGUUACUCUUGAUCUAAUUCUUAGAUCAUAUCUACAUUUCUGUAUCUACGUAUGUAAAUAAAUAUUUUGUCACAUCAUUAGAGACUUAUCUAGACUUUUUCAUAUGAUUAGUUUGACAUCAUGUGUGCUCUAGGAUAUGGAUUGGCACUACACAUCCACAAUCUACAGGAGU